GAGACUGCUUUGAGUCACCGUCUUCCAUCUUUGCUGUCUUCUUCCAUUGAAGAUCGCCGCGCCUCGGUGCGGAACUCCACGCUCCUCUAUCCGCUCCUCGCGAUGAGCCUCAUGCGCCGUGCCCCUCCUCUUCUCAUCACCCUCCUCUGCAUCGCUCUCCCCACCAGUGGACUGAAUUUUUCCAAGCACAUCCAAAACGCUUUUGCCUCCCUCUUCAGCCGUCGUCCAAAGGAAACCAUGGCCGAUCCUGCGCAGCGACUGAAGGACCUGAAGGCUCCCUACCCGGAGCCGCGGCCGGAUCAGCGCCGCUACGUCAUUUUCCUCGAGCCCAAAGGCGACCAGGAGGAACUGGACAACUACAAGGUGGAGCUGAUGCCCGGUCGCGUGGAGAGCGUCGACGGAGCGAACCAUCACCGCGUCGGCGGCAACGUCGAGGAGAAGACGAUCGAGGGCUGGGGCUACAACUACUACGAGGUCACGAUGUUUGCGACGGCGAGCACGUUGAUGAUGCCGCUGGGCGCCGCCGCGGAGCUGCAGCCGCGCUUUGUACGCAUGUACGUGGACCAGCUCUACCGCUAUAACAGCAAGCUACCUAUUGUCGUGUAUAUGCCGAAGAACAGCGAGCUGCGCUACCGCAUUUGGACGGCCACCGGCGCCAGCGAGGGCGUCCCUGCACCGGAACUGUAA